GAGGAAGGUUAAAAAAAAAAAAAGAAAAAAAGAAAAUUGACCUUUGAAAGCAAAACAGCAGGUGGAGAUCUAAAACCAGGCAGCUCAGGACACAUCGGGAGGAAAUUCAACACAGAGGAAAAUGAAAGUUUAAAUUCUGUGGAGCUGAAGUGGGACUACGGCUAUAAUGAGACCCAACGCUGGCUGGCCGGCCGUCCUUUGAGCGUGGUAGUGCACAUGACAGCAGUGUUUGUUUGCGAAGCAGUAGCGAGGUAAGGCAUCAGACGAAUGGAGGGAGAGGAGACGGCCAGGGCAGCCAUGCCGAGGCCGAGCUGUCUGACCUCUCUUCAGGAGCAGAUGAUCUGGGCCCUGCUGGAAUCCGGACUGUCCCGGGACGUCCUGGUCCAAGCCCUGGGGGAACUGGAGCAGGACAGGACAAGUGCUGGUGCUGAAAAGGGAGAGAGGGGGGACGGCGAGAGCUCAGAGGAGGGAGAAAUGGAUUUCCCACCGCCUAUAUUCCGAGAGCUGGAGAAGCUUUCCCCAGAGGAGGCGGCCAAACUGAGGGUUGAAGUCGACCAGCUCCUGCAGGAGGACCCCUGGCAUGUUGCAAAAAUAGUGAAAAGCUACAUGCAGCAGCACAAUCUCCCUCAGAGAGAGGUGGUGGAGUCCACGGGGCUCAACCAGUCCCACCUCUCCCAGCACCUCAACAAGGGCACGCCCAUGAAGAACCAGAAGAGAGCGUCUCUGUACAGCUGGUACGUCAAGAAGCAGGGCGAGAUCAGCCAGCAAUUUACCAAUGCCAAGCAUGGCAUCGCAUCGGCGGAUGAGCAAGAGGAGGUGAGGAAAGGACGGAGGAACAGGUUCAAGUGGGGUCCAGCGUCCCUGCAGAUCCUUUUCCAUGCCUACGAACGACAGAAGAACCCCAGCAAGGAGGAGAGAGAGGGGUUGGUGGAGGAGUGUAACAGGGCAGAGUGUAUCCAGAGAGGAGUGUCCCCCUCUCAGCUUGCUGGAUUGGGCUCCAACCUGGUUACUGAAGUUCGGGUGUACAACUGGUUUGCAAACCGCCGAAAAGAGGAGGCCUUCCGUCACAAACUGGCCCUCGACACGCCUUUCACCAACCAAUCUGCCUCAUCCUCUAACCUCAACCUUUCAAGCCCGGACCAUGGUGUGAAAUACAGCCAGCAAAUCCUGUGUGACACUAUGAGCUCAGCCAGAGGUAGCGGAGGAGAGAGAGUGGGACGUCUAGUGAUCAGCCCUGUCCAACUGGAGCCCAGCCACACACUCCUCGAGACCCAUAACCACAAGCCUGUGUCCAGCAGUGGCCCACUGCCGCCAGUAAGCACUCUGACCUCCCUCCACAGUCUGUCUUCCUCCUCUGCUUCUUCCCAGAGCCUCAUCAUGGCCUCACUGCCCAGCGUCAUGAGCCUGGGGGAGUCCUCACUCCUCAUCGGUUUAGCCUCCACGCAGCCUCAGACCGUACCCAUCAUAAACAAUGUGGGGGGUGGUUUCACAACGCUUCAGCCCAUCUCAUUCCAGCAGCAGCUUCACGCCUCUUCACAGCUGCCAAUAUCACACCUUCAGAGCCACAUGGGUGCCAGUCCGUUCAUGGCCACCAUGACGCAGCUGCCCUGUCACAUGUACAGCAAGUUGGAUUCACCACAGUACCACUCGUCCAGUCUGCUGUCACAAACCAUGGUCAUCACUGACGGCAGCAGCCUGGGGAAUCUAACCAGCCUCUCCACUGUCAGACCGAUUCUAACAGCGGAUCCUGAGGAACAGACGGACCCGAAUUUACAGGAAGAGUCUCUGCACCUGCAGCCUCAUACACCUGUGCCAGCAGACGGGUUGCUUGGAUUCUUUAGCUGUCUGACAACCUCAGGAUGACAGCAACAAUCCAAGGAGUCACAACUUCUGGUCAAGAAAUAAUCUGAAACUACAAAAAAGCUUGCACAUCCAAACUUGGUAAACACUAGGUGCUGGAAAGAAGUGACAAUCCCCGUGUUCAAGCUCCCACAAACGUAUUUAUUUUACCUCCUAGUUAAGUAAUGUGUCAGGCCCAGGCCCUUCUUCAAAUGUGACCUACUAGAAAUAAUCAGAGAAAUAACAUGGUUUUAAAAUUUCGGUGUGUGUACAAAUAAAAAAAAAUUGUUGUA